AGAGAAACAACUUCAUCAUACAAAACCUUAAUGAGGAAAAUCCUCAUAGUUCUGAAAUAUUGAAUGCAUCAGAUGAUAAGGACCCUCUCUUACAUUGGGUUGAAAAGCUUUCUAAGAGUAGGCCACCUUCUUUAGCCAUGGAAUACAUGAAUAAAUCUCCAAGCAUCAAUUAUGACCCAAUUUCCAUUCUUAGUGUUAAUACUCCAUCGCAGGAGUUGCAAGUCUCUGGGGGCAAUGUUCCUACAUCAGCAGGGAUUGAUUUGGAACAUUUUGUGGAAACAAUGAUGGUACAACCCCAAAGCAUCCAACUGGAGAAAGCUCCAGCUGAGCUCAGUUUCAAUGGCCAAAGAACUGCCAAAGAUCAGCAGCAUGUUUUGACUGUGGUCAUGGGUGUUGAACACGGAAGUGAUACAUCGCAGGCCAACAAUUUGGAAGUUGCAGGCAUGUUUCCAGGCUUCAAGCAACAACCUAGUGAUGAAAAUUCUCCGAGCGAUGUACCGUGGGGUUUGACAGAUGUUCUAGUUUGUCAUGAAUCUUCUGGUGCAUGUCAGAACAAUAUGGGUUUCCAAGAACCCAUCCUAGUAAGCUCUGCUGAUCUGUGUCUGUCUGCAGUUUGUGACAAUGCAGGUAUGGAUGCAAACUUGCAUAAUCUUCCUGCAAUGCAGAACCCAGCAAAAAAAUCUGGUUUUAGGAGAGAAGUAUCUCUGAUUGAUGAUGAUUUUGUAAAUUACACCAAUCAGACAGUUGCAAAGUCAGGCAUUCUAGGAUGCGCUAAUGAAAAGCAAACUCUAGAAUAUGUUUCCCUGAACAAUUACAAUGAGCAAAAUCAGCUGGAUUCCAUGGUUAUUGUGGAACAGGUGGCUGACACUGCAUUUCCUGGCGUGGAAUUUUCCUCUGCAGCCAUACCCCUUGCAGUGGAUGCAACUGGUGAUGAAAUUAUAUCCUCUGGUGUAAAAGAGCCUGACAGCAUACUUCCAGAGUCUGACUAUGAGAAUGGCAAAGCUGACGAUGGAGAUAAGGAUGAAUCUAUUAGUGAUGCAAUGAUAGCUGAAAUGGAAGCUGAUAUAUAUGGUUUGCAGGGUUGAACCAAGCUUUCCAACACACAAGAUGGAAGCAGCUAGUGUCUGCUCAGAACACUGGC